CGGCUCCACCUUGACACCUCGCGCCGGGCUGACAAGACUAACACGAACCCGGGUAAAGGCUCCAUGUGAGUGGCUCGUCCACGCAGCCCGCUCGUUCUUUUCGUGACACUUUCCAUUCCAUAAAAGGUAUUCGAUAGACAGUACAGUGUUUUUUUAAAUAUACGCGAAAGAGAACAACAGGUGGACAGGAGUCGAGUCUCCUUUUUUUCCAAAAUUUGUCCCUUAAACCUGUUCUGGCUUGUUGGAUGAACUGAAUCAUCAUUGGAGCGGGGAGAGCGCCAGAAUCCAGCCGGUGAUUGUACGUGUGAAAACUCUUUGGAGUGUACUGGGGAUUGACGACGGACUGUAGAACAGCCCUAGGUUAGACAGAUGGAAGCCCCACUUGCUAAGCGUCUGGCGGGAUUGUCCGUCGUCAUCUUCCUCCUCUCUCAAGUGUCAUGUCGCCACAUAGUGUCAUGCGACCGAGAUCUGCACUUUUGCGGCACCUGGCGGCACGGCAACCAUCCACUGAGCCUAAACUUCGACAUCUCACCCGGCUGUGGUCAGAUCAUCAUAGCGGCCGAUGAAAGCUCGCUGGCUGUCCGCGGGCAGAUUGCAGCGCAAUGCAGGCGCUCCGGCACGCACCAGCUCAUCCGCCAGGCGCUCGACUCGGACGGGCAGAGUCGCUUCUGCUUGUACUGGGAGCCGCUUCAAGACCAGUUGAAGUUACAGGUGGGCAUGAGGAACUUCACGCUUUGCUGGCCCAGCGGCAUGCCCGACUCCUGUUGCACGUACUUGUCGUACGGCUCCAACGCACCCGAGGCCACCUACGGCAUCUCAGACGGGCUCAUCGAGAAUGACACCGUCACUCGUAAAACCCUUACGGCCUACACCUUUGACGGGACCGCUGUCAAAUGCGCCACCUUCUGUUCCCAGCAGAGCAGUGGAGGCGCCCAAGUCCAUGUGACUGACCGGGCUUCUGUGGAGGCCCUGUGUGCCCUCAGCUCAGAGGUGGAGCUCAAGGAUGGCUUCAGAGGCAUGAACAUCAACUCGCCUCGUGUGAAAGGCAUUGCCCCAGAGUCAACCACACCCACCAUUCACCUUCCACCGGCUUUGAAGCAAGCUGCCAAGAACAAUAGCAAAGUUGUCUACACCUUCUUCAAAAACAACUCAAUUUUCCAGGAGGGUCUCAAGGAGGUAAGGGUUCUUGAUGAUGUGGUCGAAAUCUCCGUGGGUAACCAAGUCAUCCAGAACCUGACUGAGCCAAUCAGGAUUGGCUUCCAUCAUGAUGUCAUCCCUAAAACACAUUCAAGGACAUGCGUCUCGUGGGACACUCGCAAAGAUCCGAUGAGGGUGAAGUGGUCAGUGGAGGGUUGCAAGACGCAGCAGAGAGGAGAGAAGCACACCGACUGCCUCUGCGACCACCUGACCUACUUCACAGUGCUGGUGCAACUGGAGCCUCGCCCCGUGCGCCAUCUGCUGGCUCUGACUGUCAUUACAUCUCUGGGCUGCGCCACAUCUUUCGUUAGUGGCAUAGCUCUAAUCGUCUUCCUCUGCAGGAGAAGGCGAGCUAAGGAUCCGUCCACUCCCAUCCACCUGGGCCUGGCUGUGUCGCUCACAUUUCUCAACGUGCUCUUCUUCUUCACCGGCGUCCUGGCCAAUGUAGGAGGCCAGGAACUGUGCGUCCUGAUCGGUGCGGGCCUUCAUUACGCUCUGCUCAGCGCCUUUUCCUGGAUGGGUAUUGAAGUGUUCCACACCUUCUGGCUGGUCUACGUGGUGUUCAGACCCUCCCCAAAACUUUACGUGUGGAACGUGGUCGGCUUCAUUUUGCCUGCCAUACCGGUCGUUAUCCUGGCCAGGGUUGAUGACAUCUACGGCUUGAGGGAGGUGGCGUCCAGCGAAGACGAAGACAACCCAUUCCUGAUGUGCUGGAUGAAGCCCAACCCCACGGCUUUGCUGGCUCACCACCUCACCAAUACCACCAUGCUGGCCUUGCUGGUGUCAGCAGGCCUGGUGAUGCUCCUCCUGGUCUACCGAGAGAUUCGCACCCGGGACGAGUGGCAAAACAACCGCGUGGCCUUCCUCAGCAUCUGGGGCCUCAGCUGUCUGUUCGGCACCACCUGGGGUCUGGCCUUCCUCGACUUCGGACCUUUCUCAGACUUUAUCCUCUUCCUCUCCUGCAUUCUCAAUUCCUUCCAAGGCUUCCUGCUGAUGCUGAGGUUUUUCAUGCUGGACUGGAUGCGCAAGCACGCGGUGAGGAUCAAAGAGUCACCUGCCAAGGUUUGUCACAUGCCCACGUCGCCGUCCACCAUAAGUCAGGAACCUCUGGAACCGCUUUGUCCCCGUUCUUGAGGCCUCCCUCGCUUUAUUAUACACAAACGUCACUCAGGUAAAACCGCCUCCAUGCCGGCCCGGAGCCUGGACCUUCCUAGAACACCUAGACUGGCUCUAGUUGUAUAUGUUGUAUUUUUUUGUUUUUAACUUUAAACUGGAAAGUAAUGAUCAAGCUUUAUUUCCAGACAGAGGAAAGAAAGGUUACUGCACUGGUAUUUCCUCUUGACUGUUUGAUGAACCAUUUCUGCAUUGGACCUUAGCUAUUUUAAUUAUUUUUUACAGUUUUCAAGUAGCACUUUAGCUCUUCUGUUUUUGUAUGACAUGCUUGUGUGGGAAAGGCUUGAUUGUUCAGUUGACCGUCAACCUUUCCUGCCUGAAUUAUUUUUGAUUUGAAACACAAAGCUGUUUAUCCUUUGUCUCCGUUUUUUUUAACUCACACAACUCGGAGAUACUGCACAUGCCUUCCUGUUGGACACAAAUGCUGUAUUCCCCUGUAGUGACUGGAGAUAUUUACUGAACUGCGGUGAAUAUUGGGUGGAGGCCUUUAGUUUCAUACUGGACAGCCUGCGGUACAAAAGCCCCAUUUGAAAUUGUUUUGUUCCUCGGUGACAAUUAUUCUCGGGGCCAAAUAAAUUGUCUCUGGGUUUUUUUGUUUGUUUUUUUAACCAUCUAAAAAAAAAAAAGAAAGUUUUAGUUGGCCACAUGGCUGUACAUUUGCUUGGCAAUUUGGUGUCAUGAAGUCUUGCCUUAAAAGACACAAAUGGCAGACUACCUGCAAUAACAUUUAAAGUGACAUUUAAAAGUCCUUCCAAGCUUUGGCUUUACAGAUGCCACAUCUGCUCUGCAAUGUGUUGUGGUUAAAAGACCACUGGCAUCCGAUGUUAGUGUGCAGGUAAUAACAGUCACCGCAGUUGUCUAUUUAAGGUGCGGUGUCUAUUACAGAAGAGGCCACUGUUUGAGAAAUUAUGGGAGACAGGCACAAAAGUUGACGGUCACGUUAAAAGGGGGUCAAUGAUGUUAAUAAUGAAAUGUUUGCCUCUUUAUCAUGUAUUCAUUCACCAAUGAUUACGAUGAAAGCACAAAAUGGAGGUGACUGUUUUGAAAGAAGCCCCCAAAUGGAGCAAAGACUUUGAGAGUACACUUUGCUCGAAUAUGAAAACAAACAAGUGUUUCACAUGACAUGUUACACAACAGGAAAUGUUCAUUGGAGUCAUCUGCUUUGUAUUGACACCCUUGUUAAAAUCGUUUCUUUGGUACACCCAAAAUGUGAGUUUAGUCAUUUUUAGUCUGAUUAGUUUUAACAUUACUGUAAAUGCACACAAAAAAGGAACAAGAAUAAGCCCAGCAGAAAUAAGAUGUUUUUGUUUAGCGUUUUUAUAGUAUUUGUCCCUCUUUUUUUUUUUUUUUUUUUACUUUUCCAAACAUUAACUAUGAACCAUGACAUAAGAAAGACAUUAUGUUGAAAAGUCUUGUUUUGUCUUGUAAAAGUGACACAUUGAAGUGCUGGUGUGUUUUUGAAACAAAUCCUGAUUUUACGUUAAAAUUAAUGUGACCUACCAGCAACUAAGUGAAUUAUUAGCUACUGUGAUGUUUGCACUUUUUUAUCUCUGUAUUUACCACGUUAUUGUUAUUCAGGUUGUUGUGUAUAUUCGUUUUUGUUGUUUUUGGAUGUACAGUAAAUGGAGCGUGAAAAGAAAUCAUUUUGAGGAAUAAAAACUCUCAUGAAAGUGU